CACUCGCCAUCGCCACUGCCUGCUGUCGGUGCUCCUCUCCUAAUACAAAGAGGCUAAUACCAAGAGACAACACCGCCCGCGGCGGAGGCACCGCUGGCUCACCAGAAGCCGCUACCGCCGGCGAUGGACCACGGCGGGGGAGGGAGGAGCACCAGCCGCCUCCGGGACCGCCUGGCCCGGAUCUUCCGCCCGGCCUCGCUGCUCCGCUCCACCUGCAACACCACCGCCUCCGCCUGCUCAUCCUCCUCCGCCGCAGUCGCCCCGGCCGGCGCGCCGUCCCCCAAGGCGCCGCCGCCGGCCUCCGCGUGCUCCUCCAGCCGCGCGCUCCUCGCCGCGGACGCCGCCGUCGGCAGGGACUCCUUCCUCGCCUCGUCCCGCCGCGACCUCGCGCCGCCGCUCGUCGCCCGUACCGAGUCAUUCUCCACCGCCGUCGACCGCCUCAACCGCCGCCCAGGGGCCCCGCGGUCGCGCUUCUCCGUCGACGCGCCGCCGCUGCUGGAGACGACGACCAACGCCAGCGCCAAGGACAAGAGCCCGCGCGAGUACCGCCUCGGCGGCGGCAAGAAUAAUAGCAGCAGCGACAAGAUGAAGAUGAAGCUGCUCUCCAACCCCUACGGCUUCAGCACCUCGGACGACGACGACGCCCACAGCGACGUCUUCAGCAGCGACGCCGAGGACCUCGCCGGCCGCAGCGGGGCCACCAAGAAGCUGACAGGCGAGCCGGCGGAGACAUUCUUCUGCUCCUCGCGGAGCUUCUCCUCCGACUCCUCCGAGUUCUACACCAGCAAGAAGAAGAAGACCAAGUCCCCCGCAGCCGCCUCCAGCAUUUUUAGCAAGCCGCCGCCCAAACCUCCGAGGCAGCGGGGCGGCCAGCAGGCCGCCGGCACCGGCAGGCGCCACCGUCGCGCGGCGAGCAGCGCCUGCGACACGUGCGGCGUGCGGGACGGGUUCCGCCCGGUGGUGUGCGCGGCGGAGGAGCAGGUGCGCAAGGGCUUCGCGGUGGUGAAGCGGUCGCGGGACCCCUACGCGGACUUCCGGUCCUCCAUGGUGGAGAUGAUCGUGGGGCGGCAGCUCUUCGGCGCGCCGGACAUGGAGCGCCUGCUGCGCUCCUACCUCUCCCUCAACGCGCCGCGACACCACCCCGUCAUCCUCCAGGCAUUCUCCGACAUCUGGGUCGUCGUCCACGGGGGCUAGCGCCUAGCUAGCUAACCUGCAGUGCAGUCUCCUCCUCCUCAUCAUCAAUAAUCUGCUUCUGCUUCUUGGUUAAUCAUAUAUAUCACGCAUGCCGAUCGCGGAUAAAUGUAGAAGCAGCUCUAUCUAUAACGUGUUGACUAAGCUUUACUUUGCUGUGUGAUCUGCUACUGUUCACGUAUGUACGUGAUUAAUCUAAGGAGGAGGCUAUCUUAAAUUCUUGAUGUAUUUGGUUGACGAUUUUGAUCUGGAUUUAGUAGAUGUUGACAGCUU